CUCCUCUCAUCAUCUCUCGGGCCCGAGUUGGGCUGUCGCCAAGUCAUCGGGUAUUACGAAUCCCCACCCCCAUCAUUCACCAACAGUUGUUACCUCUUUCGUCGAUCCGGAACCCGAAGCAGAAAACAUCAAAUCGCGACACUUUCGGAUGGGCAACCCAAGAGAAUCAGAUCCGAGCAGCGGGGCGGUUAAACCCCAGCGGGUGUUGGCUUGCCAGCUCUGCCAACAGCGCAAAGUGAAGUGCGAUCGCAAGUUCCCCUGCUCCCAAUGCUCCCGCAUGGGGGCUCAGUGCGUCCCUGCCGCUCUCGUCCCGCGUCAACGCCGCCGCAGGUUUCCCGAGCGGGAACUGCUCGAGCGUAUCCGCCAGUACGAGACAUUGCUCCGCCAACAUCACGUUCCAUUUCGCCCCUUGCAUCCUCCGCACACCCCUGUUGAUGUGCCCUCCGAGCGUCCUCCAUCUUCCCGCGACGGCCGCACGCCCGAACCUCCGAGGAUCGAUGAUUCGGCCCCAUCCGGCCAGGGGAAGAGGGUCAAACCAAGAACGACGAAUCUCUGGCAUGCGCUACGUCGAACGGACGCAGACACCGAGGAUGACAGUGAUACUGGUUCUGAGGCUGAUGAGCCUGGCGGUGGUUUCAUAUACGACAAUGAGGACAUGGAGAAGGUCAUCAAGGCUGCAUUCGAUCGCGCGUACAGGAGCGGCAUGGAAAGCAGCAGCCCGCUCCUGCUCGGCUCGCCAGCCAGCACAACCCCCCUGACGAGUUUGCACCCAGACCAGGCCACCAUCUUCCGUCUCUGGCAGGUCUAUCUUGACAACGUGAACCCCUUACUCAAAGUCACGCACACGCCGAGUCUCCAGCCCCGUAUCAUCGACGCCAUGGGCGAUCUGGCAAACAUCAGUGCGCCCCUGGAAGCGUUACUCUUCGCUAUCUACUGCACCUCCAUCAUGAGCCUCUCCGAGGAUCAGUGCCGCACCUUGUUUGGGUCGGCAAGGAGGAACCUGUUGACGGGCUAUCAAUUUGCUUGUCGACAAGCACUAUCGAGCGCCAACCUCCUACAGUCGUGCGACCACGACUGUCUGGUGGCGCUGUUCCUGUAUCUGGUGUCCAUCAAGUCCGAUACAGAUCCCCGGUCUGUGUCGUCGAUGCUUGCCGUUGCCAUUCACAUAGCCCAGCGGAUGAAUUACGACAAGGAGUCCAGCAACGAGAAGUACCCCAUCCUCGAGGCCGAGAUGCGCCGGCGGCUGUGGUGGUCCCUUGUCAUCCUCAACAGCCGAGUCUGCGAGACCUUCAACUACAGGGCUGCAACCAUGGCCCCGACGUGGGACUGCCGGACACCUUCGAACUUCAACGACUUCGAGCUCCUUUCCGGCUCCAGAACAGCCCCGCCUGUCCACGACAAGCCUACAGAGGCGCUGUUUGUGUGUGUACGCAGCCAGAUCAGCGACUUCAUCCGCCACUGUCCCUUCCACCUCGAGCCUACCGAUCCCUUCCUGGCCACGCUCGCCGGCGGCGGUACCAGCCACUAUGACCUCCGUGAAUUGCAGGAAACCGUCGAGAAAACCUUGUCCCUUUGCGAUCCGGCCCACCCGCUUCACUAUAUGACCAUGUGGACCGCACGAGGGAUACUGGCCAAAAACAUGCUGCUUGAGCACUGCUUCAGGCGGCGGCGACGGCAACACCAACAACAACAACAGCAGCAGCAGCAGCAACUGGGCUCUGAUCUUCCAGACAAGCCAGACCCAGACGAGCCGGACCCGGCCAUCGGCUACGCGGUGACUAUGCUCCGGUGCGAUACGGCGUUGCUGGCGUCGCCGCUGACGAGGGGCUUCCUCUGGUACGUGCAUGCCCACUUCCCCUUCCUCGCCUACGUCUACCUGGCGCAGUACCUGCCCUCCCUGGCUGCCACCACCGCCGCCGCCGAGGCAGGCGAAUCAGGCGUCAAGGAGAGAAACAACAACAACAACAACAACAACAACAACAACGACAAUGCCGCGGAUGUGGUGUCUGCAGCCUGGGCGGCCAUGAGCGACAACUACGAUGCCCGCCGCGCCGCCGACUUCUUCUCCUUCCCCAGCGAGGAGAAGGACCAAAACAAGAGAGAGAGAGAGAGGAACGAGGGUGGGAGGGACGGGGCAACCCCCGGCUCCGGCGAGGACAGCCACCCGUUGUUUGUGCUGUUCGCGAGGGUCGUGCUGGGCGCCUGGGACGCCGUGGCCGCCGCCUUCGCGGCGGCGGGCCACAGCCGGGAUGUGGAGGAGGCUGUCCCUCGGAUCGUGGUCAGUCUCAGGGAGAGGCUGGGGAAGGAGGGAGCGGGUAUCGAAGAACGCGGAGGGGGGUCCGGGUUGCCCAGCGGUGGUGGUAGUAAUGGUAAUAAUAAUAGUAUUGGCGGUGAUGGUGGCAAUGCUGCCGGUGGUUCGUGUAACAACACGGACACGGGGAUAGUGAAUACCACUGGCGACAGCGCCGCGGGGUACGGGUUCACGGGAGCGUACAUGGACGUGCUGCUGGGGGAUGGGGGGAUAGGGCUCGUGGACGUGGAGUGCCAGCAGGUAUGGCCCACGAUGGACUGGGCCCCGUUGGUGCAGCACGGGUUUUGACAAAGUCAUGUAAUAACUGCUCAAAACACGGAAUCACCCUCGGCGAUGUCAUAUCGGAGUGCUAAGCCAUCUCAGAUGAGCUCUGUGGCCUUCUAACCAAGUUGAAGGUCGAAGUCGGGAGUUCCAGAUAGGAAAGCAUCAAGGUGGCUCUCCGCGCCUUGAGGAAAAGGGGAGAUAUUAUCACGCGCCUGGAGAAGAG